CUUAAAGGCGCUAGGGCUUGCCAAACGGGAUUAACCAGAGCACGAAGGCAACGUUAACCGUGGGGCAACUAGGAUGUUAUUAGACAAAUACUAGUGGUAUAAAUACAACCAAUACACCAAAUAACCUGAUAAGUACAUCGUCAAACUUAGGCCAUGUCCACACCGGCUAGAAGGAGACUCAUGAGAGAUUUUAAACGGCUACAAGAAGACCCCCCUGCUGGUGUCAGUGGAGCCCCAUCUGAAAACAACAUUAUGGUGUGGAAUGCCGUCAUUUUCGGCCCUGAAGGAACUCCGUUUGAAGACGGUACAUUUAAACUCAUUGUCGAGUUCACAGAAGAAUACCCGAACAAGCCUCCCACAGUACGAUUUGUGUCAAAGAUGUUUCAUCCCAACGUCUAUGCAGAUGGUAGUAUUUGUCUGGACAUCCUGCAGAAUCGUUGGAGUCCUACUUAUGACGUGUCUUCUAUUCUUACCUCCAUCCAGUCUUUGCUGGAUGAACCCAACCCCAACAGUCCGGCCAACAGCCAGGCUGCUCAGCUGUACCAGGAGAACAAGCGUGAGUACGAGAAGAGGGUGUCCGCCAUCGUAGAGAGAAGCUGGCGAGACAGUUGACCUGGCUGACCUCGUCCAGUUAAAGCGGUGUGUGUGUGUGUGUGCGUGUGUGUGUGUGUCCGUGGGUGGGCAAGCAAGCUCAAGUUAGCCUCUUAAUCUCCUUACCUUUUUUUUUUAAGAUUUUAUGCACUUUACCUUCCACUUCCCUUCAUAGAUUUGCCUGCCAAGAGGGAAUCUGGUUUUAUAUCUAUCAUUCUAGCCCUAAAUCUUGCCUUGUUUGUGGGCUCCAGCUUUACUUUACUUGCUUAAGGUCUCGGGUGGUAAUGUUCCCCCACCUUCUGAGCAUCGUGGACUCCAAAAAUUGUUACACCAUGUUUUACGCAUGCACGACAGAUUGAACAUCCAUACCUCCUCCCUCUUAUGUAUAACAAUACUCGUGUGUGUAUAUAAGAAAUCUGCAUCUGAAUAUAUGUACAGAUUUUGCACUGGA